UUUCAGAGUGAUUUAAAAAAAAUGAUCAUCGAUUUUAUCUUCCCUCCACGCUCUAUCUCAAAAUCUCGAGCUCUAUCAUGCGCCUUUUCAGGAUUUACAGCAAUCAUCGAGAGCGCGAUGCCUCUCUACAUCAACUACUACUUUACUAUCGAACGCGCGUAUAGCGGUCUGUCGAAAAAAAAAGUUUGUGUGUGUAUCUUUUGCAGGUCGGCCAGGCCCUUGCCAUGCGAUGUCGUUGCAGAGCCCCAGACUUCGACAUUACAGGACCAUGACAGCGAUCUGCUUCGUGUGCAACCUGCCCAUCCUAAGUCAUCAGGUCGGGCUGAUAUGGCAGGGUGGCAAUGGCUGGGACGAUCUCGUGCGAGAGCAGGUGGAGGAGUCCACUCUGAAGCAACGACUGGGAACAGGCAGACGCGAUUCCGCGGCGCAAAUCACGUCGAUCUCGCCGCCGAACGAGACCCAGGACUCCUCGCCGACGAACCAGCGUCGGCGACGAUCGAGCCUCGCACAGCUGACCGACAUCCUGCGCGAAUGGGGCGGCGGUGCCUCCGGGAAGAGCGGACGCAGCAACAAGCUCUGCCGCAGGGAGACCUUGGCGGACAUCGCCAAAUCGCUGCCGUGGUCCCGGCAGACCACGACGGACGCGAGCCACCUGGCCAGCCUGCGGAAGAGACGGGAGAGCUCGGUCGACAGCGGCAUCCGCAGCCAGGUGUCGACCAAGUCGAGACGCGACUCCGCCAUCAGCGACUUCAAAAACGACAUAGCCAGACUCUGGAGCAAGAAGGACCCGCCGCAGCCGCAGCCGCCGCCCACAGUAAUCUCGCCCACGCCGCGACGAGGCUCCGGCGAAUCAAGAAACUCUCGUCGCGGCUCGGGAGAAAGCGCGAGAUCCAGAAGAGAUUCGGUGAUUGCGGGACAGACACCGAGUCCCGGGGAACGUAAACACAACUGUCGUCAUCACAGACGUAGGCAAUCUCAACAGUCAGUCGAUGGAGGUGGCAUUACGCCUACGAAAUAUUACAGAAAUGAUCAAAGACCGAGCGCUUCGAGCACAGACAGCGCGACUAGUAACGUGGUCAGAGACCACAUGGAGACUCAGAGAAGCUCCACGGAGAAAAGCGAGAGAUCGAGCAGUACCGAAACCAAGACGCAACCGACGGGCCCCUCCAUAAUUGACACGAAAACGUCUUUGACGGUCGACGGAAAGACGUCUACCACGAUCGAAUCGCGAGUAGUGACAAUCAGCACCUCGACGAUGAUGUCCACUUUGUCGACCCUGAGCGUCGACAUGAAAAUGAACGCUAAUGAAAACAAGUCCGGUAUCAAUUUAGACACAUCCAUGAACCCGCCGACUAUCGUCAUGUCCUCGGUAACGCCGCCGGCAAUCUCACCGACGAUCGGAAGCAGCUUACCGCUUCCCGGCACCUCAACUUCCGGUAGCUCCAGCCCGGUCGGCUCCCCGAACGUUAACAAUACACCUACGCAUCCGUUGCUCUCCACUCGAAGAGACUCGACUACUCAGUGUUAUUACAAGGGUAAAGAAGUUUCGCCCAAUAAAUUGUCGAGACUCAUACGCCAACAAGCAGCAAUAGAUGAGUCGAUGCCACCCACAGGACGUCGUGGCAGUCAGCCAACUUUAUCUCCCGAUCCUGAUGAUGGUGGUCGAAAAGCACGAAGAGACUCUUUGAGCCCGGAUUCCGCUUCCUAUCCACGACGUCGCGAUUCAAGAAGUCAUUUGAGUCCCGACAGAAAUGUUGAUAAAAGAGAUAUCAGUCCUAUCAGGCAGAGAAAAGGUCGACUGAGAAGACAAUCCACCUCCAUGGCUGGUCGGCCACCGAGAUCGCCGGACAGUUCUUCAUGUUCGUCCAGAGAUCCCAGCCCUUGCGCUCGCGCACCCAUCCAACAUGCGCCAAUAAUACGACGGCAAUCCACCACCGAAGAGAUUCUGAUCGCGCGCGGUUUUCGACGGCAAUCUACUACCGAGGAAAUGAUACGAUGCCGCAAUUUUAGGCGACAAAGCUCUCAGAGUGACGACACGGUUCAGAGGUAUCGCGGACGAAGAGAUAGCUCUGCUCAAAUCACAGAUGGCACCUUCGCAACGAUGACAGUCGAAACUUCUAGCACAUUUUUUGACAGCAGCACCCAGACUGAACCAUCGCCGUUGUACGACAACAACCAUUACCACGAGGAGUGCCUAAAAUGUAACAGUUGCGGCCUGAAUCUCACGGGACCCAAUCAAAAGCGGGCAAGACGGUUCAAGAACCAGAUACUUUGCGAUCUGCAUUUUGCCGACGUGGCGCUGAUGGAGUGCUCGGACUUCAUGCAGCAGUUGCGCAGCUUCAAACCACAAAGUUUAGGCUGCGCAGUUGCCAGAAGAAAGUCCUCGACGACCUUGAUCUUUCCGCUGCCACCUCAGGCGUGCUCCGAUGAAUUCUGUCAGGAGUUUCCGCACAACCUGAUACCGACGCCCGGCUACUGGAUCGAAUGUUCGCGGCAGCAGAUCACCUCGGACACGAUAUGGGACGAAAGCGAGAGCGAUCGCGAGGCCACCGAUCCCGAACAGGCCGAGGAGCAGACGGUGGAGGAGCGUUCGUCGAUGUUGAAGCGGCAGGACAACAGCUUCUGCCUGUUCGAGGAGAACGAGGUCGAUACGGACGACGUGCCGCGGAAGAAGACCACCAUCGAGGAACAAUGGGAGAAGAAUCAGGGCUUCGAGCUCACCUCGGUCGAGCAGGAGACGUACGAGAAAUAUUUCUACGGCUCGGAGCACUGGAACUAUUUCACGAACGACGAGGAUCUCGGACCGGUGAUACUCAGUAUCAAGCAGGAGACGCUCAACGGCCGGGAUCAAUUCAGAAUUCUCGUCAGGGCCAUCAGUUACACGGUCCACGGCCUUAUUCCCGCCAGCUGCGUCUUUGCCGAUCGAUACAAUCGAGAAGAAGUGGUACGUAGUCUCGGCAAGGAGGUAAACAUCAAUCCGCCACUGACCUUGGGACAAUUGCCAGAUACGCCCGAAGAACUUCUCAAGCUCGAUCAAGUUUUUAUCAAGUCUGAAUUGAAGGUGGGGGUGAUAUAUGUUCAGGAAGGUCAGUACAGCGAGGAGGAAAUACUCGAUAACAACGAUAAUUCGCCGCUCUUCGAGGAAUUCCUGCAGAUUCUCGGGGACAAAAUCAGGCUGAAGGGUUUCGACAAGUACAAAGGCGGUCUCGAUACCGUGCACGAUUUGACGGGCCUAUAUUCUGUCUACACCAAUUGGAGGGGUAUCGAGAUAAUGUUCCACGUGUCCACCUUAUUGCCUUACGAGAAACACGAUCCUCAAAAACUCCAGAGAAAAAGACACAUUGGCAACGAUAUUGUGUGUGUCGUAUUUUUGGAAGCCGACAACACGAGCUUCAGCCCAGCUUGCAUCAAGUCGCACUUUUUGCACACAUUUAUCUUGGUGCGAGUGAGUCCGCGGAUAAAACGGAAAAUCACGAGAUACGAAGUGUCCGUGGUUACAAGAGACGAAGUUGGGGCCUACAAACCGUAUCUAUGGGAGCAAAGCGUCUUCGAAAAAGGUCCAAUGUUUCGAGAGUGGAUGUUAACGAAAAUCGUAAAUGGUGAAAGAGCGAGUUAUUCCGCGCCGAAAUUCGCGAGAAUGCAGGAACGAACGAGAAGCCAAAUGUUGGAGGAUAUCGUGGCGAAUCUCGCUAAUCACGCGGAAACCGGACAGAUUCCGAAACCGUACAGGCGAGGUUCUUGGCGACCGAUUGGACACAUGAGACCGUCUUCGCCGUUGUUGGAUUCGGUGCGAGAUCAGUUUGAGGAUUACGAUCAACUCGCGAAGGACUUUACCCGAGUGUUCCUCAAUAAUUCAGCGAACGUGACGCUAAACGCUAGUCUGUUUGACGUGUCCUUCCUCGUGCCGGGACAACAAAAGCAAAAAGUUAGAUUUAUCGGCGUCAGAGCGAUUCUAGCAGUAAGAAGCAGAGUAUUUCAAGAAAUGUUAUACGGAAUUCAGGCGGGUUUCGGAAGCCCGCAAGUACCGGUUGCCGAGUUGCUGGCGAGACCGGCACCGACGUUGCUCAGCCCGCAGAAGCCGAAGAGCUCGAAUUUCCUACAAGUUCCCGAUAUGGAGAGUCCAAGGCCCAAAAGUGUCCCUUCGUCACCGAUGGUGAAACGCGCCUUCUCACGAUUGGGUACGAUCACAGCAGGAUGGGGAAGGAGCAUUAGAAAGCACGGUAGCGGGAACACUCUGCAGAGCGAGGAUCGAAAGCGAUGGGCCAGCUCGCAAGAUUGCAGUAAUAAAGAAACGAAGGAUAAGGACAAAGCAGCUCAAUCGCUGGCAGUACCGAGACUCAGCGUUUGCGCCGACGCGCAGAAAGUAGAUAGAGCGAAAUUAGCGCAGACCGAGUUUGACAUCAUCGAGUUCGAUCCGGAGACUUUCCGAAUUCUACUGGAUUAUUUGCAUACCGGAUCCUGUCCGCUGACAUGUAGCAACAUACCGGGUCUGAUAUGCGCCGCGGAGCAUUACGAUCUACCGGAAUUGCUUCAGGCGUGCUUCCAUCACGCGAAGCAGUUCCUCCGGAUCGAGAUCGUCUGCGUGAUGUUAUGUGCCCUCGAAAAUUACUACUGGCGAUACACAUCCGCCUCGGAAUUGGUCAAUAUGAUCCUCGCGUUCGUCGAGACGAGGGCUUAUCAGCUCUUCCAGAACCCGGACUUCCUUACUCUAAGCGAGUCGAUGGUACAAAUGAUUAUGUGCCGUAGCCUCGAAGUGGUGGAGAUUAAAAAAUUCGAGGCGAUGUUGAGUUGGGCGAAGCAUAGAAUCAAAACUAAAUCGACCAAGCUCGACGCUAAGGUGGAGUUCAAGUGUAUCAUGGAGAGGCUCAGUAGAGACCUCAAAUUAUAUAGGAUAACACCACACGAAUUAAUCAGGAUCGUUUUGCCGUCGAAAGCCAUAAGAAACGAGCGUAUCCUCGAGACCCUCAUGUUCCAAGCGAAUUCGGGGAUAUACAGAAACGUCGACAGUUAUUUGGAGGCAUACCAGAAGAAAGUGCAGAAUCAAGAGAGCUUCGACUGCGGACUAUGAAUGUCAACGAAAGGGCGAAAACCGCCGUAAGCAUAAUGUGUACCUGAAAAUACGUUUCGAUGAUUAAUCGAUAGAUUUUCCCAAGAGGAAAAGUCUUAUUUCGUUAAUGUUUCGUGUCAUCGGAUAUUACGCAAGAGCAACCGUGAUCUUUUUGCGCGAGCAUAGCGAUCUGUAAUUAGAGCAUCCGGCCGCGACCACGAAAUUUGAUAUGUAGGAGUCGAUAAUUACACUGCGGGGCCUGACAAGUGUUAUGAUAGAUUGCUCCGAAACCGUAUAAAGGUCGUUGCCGAACCACUCAACGAACAUUGAGUUUUAGACAGUCUCGGCUCGAACCCGCGCAAAACUUUAUUCGAUACUUGCGCGAUAAUUCAAUCGCGUCUGGUGUUUCAAGCUGUUUAUUUUGUCUGCGACAUCAAGGUAAAAUCAUCCGUGGGCGAGAUAUUAGGCUGAUAUUGAUAAAGGUUACGAUUUGAUUGAUGAAGGUACUUUGAAACGAGAGAGUUUCUGGAAAACUUUGGUAAAAACAAAAAAUUUGUUUGAAAAAUUUAGAAGUUUCCCGCUCGAGAGAAACUUUUCACUCAUCCGACAAAUAUCACGAUCGGAUUUGUGAAAUGUUGGCCUACGUUGGUAAAAGAAAAAUAAUAAAAAUAAUUCAACGCGUAGCUGUUCUUAUGCGCACAAUUAUUUUCGAAUAACGCAAAAUUUUAUAUUGCGUAUUAAGAAUCUUCGUAAACUUUGCUUCGCGAAAUUCUGAAAUUAAAAAAAAAAAUUACUUUAUAACGACGCUUCCACGGUACCUAUAUUUCGUAAUCUUCGGAUUUAGUUGAAUUUUGCUUCCAUAUUCUGGAGUAAAUAUAUGAAAGUGUUAAUGGAACUCUAUUAUUCUAACUAUAAUAUAUUAGAAUUAUUAGAAAUUAUCAUUCAUCUCAUUACUUAUUUUUUCUAUGAUCUUUCAGAGAAUAUACGUGUGUUACAUUAUAUAAUUUUUAUUUCAUAUUUAUAUAAAACUGUUGCGACUCGCGCGCAAUAUCGAAGAAUUGUUAUUUCCGAUAGUAUAAAAUGCUCUUCCAAAGUCUUGCAGGGCAAGAAAUAUCUAGUAUUGAUGAAUCGAGCUCGGGAAUGAAGUAAGACACACAAUUACGUUGUGAUCGACGUUUCAUAUUAAAGUUUCACGAGUAGGCGUCAUCAAUCUCCUAGAGAUGGAAUUUGCUAAAUAUUAAUAUAAUUCUAGUGCGCGUUCAAUAGAAGUAAAUAUGAAGCAGAUCGAUUGCAAAGAGCAGAUUUAAUGAAAUCUGGAAUCAGUUAAUAGUCAAAAGUAAUUAAUUAAAAAAAAUUCUCAUUUUAUAUACAUAUAAUAUAUAUGUAUAUAAAAUGUGUUAUAUACAUAUAUAUACUAUAUAGGUUCCGAUAUUACAAAUGGACGAAGAAGAUAAAUCUGCAUGAUAAAUCUAGUGAUGUUCGUUGUGUGGCAUUAUCUAUAUUUUUUUGCAUCAAUAAAAUAAAAAAAGAAUGAAUAAAAGCAGCGAAUAAAUCAUAAUGUCGUUUCGAGUUUUAAAUGCAAUGUUAAUGGUCGAAAGAGAAAUUUACUUGGACUGUCAUCGAUCAGAUGGAUUUUAGAUUGAGUGCAUUCAUGCGCAUCGUAUCGGCGGCACUUAAUAAAUUGCCGACACAUGACAAUCUGUAUCAUAAAAGAAAGCGCUCUACUGAUAUAACACGUAAAAAAGAUUUACUAUAUUAUACGUAAGCUUAAAGAAA